AACAGACCACUUUGGAGAAACACGGUCAGAGUGUUACUGCUACCCCCUACUCCAGGACGGGACGGCCGGAGACAUGGACCCCCGCCUGGCCCAGUCUGUUCAGACUGAGAAAGAUGCUAAAACAGAAGGUGUUGUUGUGGAUGCUGAUCUGGCAGCGGCCAUCAUGUCCAGGAGGAUCGUCCAGACUCUGAUCAGCAUGGAGGCCUGGGAGGGAUACGCCUUCGCUGAACACCAGAUCAAUAUCAAGGAGUCACAUGACCUCUACGGAGCUGUGAUGUGGCCCUCGGCCAUAGUGCUGUGUUACUUCCUGGAUACCCACCGGGACACAUACAACCUGCUGGACAAGAACGUCAUCGAGCUGGGCGCCGGGACCGGUCUGGUCUCCAUAGUUACCAGCCUUCUAGGUGCCAAGGUGACGUCCACGGACCUGCCGGAGGUGCUGAGUAACCUGCAGUUUAACGUACUCCGUAACACCAGGGGGCGCUGUAGACACACUCCUCGUGUCACUGAGCUGUCCUGGGGGCAGGAGCUGGAACAACGCUUCCCUCGGGCUACCUGUCUCUACGACUACGUGUUCGCUGCUGACGUGGUGUACUGCCACCCGCACCUGGUGGAGCUCCUGGACACCUUCGAUCACCUGUGUCAGGACGGGACGGAGAUCCUCUGGGCCAUGAGGUUCCGUCUGGACAGAGAGAACCGGUUUGUAGAACGGUUCCAGGGCAGGUUCCAUCUGGAAGAGCUGUAUGAUCUGCCCAGUCUCAGUAUCAAACUGUACCGAGCAUCGAGGAAGGAGAUGAGGAGGAAGACGGACUCAGAGAACCAACCAAGCCAUUGUCGAGAAGGACGUCACACUUGACUCUUGAAGGUCAUUUACCCUUGAGCCGUCAUCCACAGCAUUUGGGGUAAUUGUAGUGUUUCUUCAGCCCGUUAUCUUUUGUUGUAGCUGUCCUCUUUACAGAGGUUACUGUCAUCUUUACAGAGGUUACUGUCCUCUUUACAGAGGUUACUGUCCUCUUUACAGAGGUUACUGUCCUCUUUACAGAGGUUACUGUCCUCUUUACAGAGGUUACUGUCAACUUUACAGAGGUUACUGUCAACUGUACA